AUGUCUCGCUCAACAGAUCCAGGACACUUCUUUCAAACUGAUGCGUCCGAGUCUACACGAGCUCGCAGAGCUGCAAAAUCCGGCAACAAAAAUGGAAAUCCUAUAGUUUUACAAUCAAAGCUUUUGAGCUUGAUUCCAGACCCAUUUUCGUCGCAAUGCGUUUACAUCGCAGAGAGUGCUGGAUGCGUACGAAGGGUCAAUAUUGAAACUAGAGAUACAAAAACGAUCUAUAGAGGCCCAACUGCGCCAGUUACUUCAGUAGCCAUUGGGGGUCAUGGCGGUAAUACAGUGUUUGCGGGAUGUUGGGACAAACAAAUUUGGAGCUGGGAUAGGGAAAGUAAAGUCCUGGGCAAAAAGUUUAAAGGGCAUUCCGACUUUGUCAAAGCUAUCGUCUGCGUAAAUAUUGAGGGAACAGACUGUUUAAUAUCUGGUGGUGCCGAUGCAAAAAUAAUGGUAUGGAACACCACUACCGGCGAACGCCUGCAUACUCUUCGAGACAAGAGUGAAUCUAUGAUGGCUGUACAGCACCUCGCUCUGGAUCCUGAAGAUUCUACGAACACCGAAGUCGUUCUCGUUUCCUCGAGUAGUGACCCUCAUAUCCGGAGAUGGCGCGUUAGUCUCUCAUCCGCAUCUCAAAUACUUGAUACUACUGAAGAAAUUUCGGAACAGAGCAAGCCCAUAAGAGAUACGAUUCUUGAGCACGAAACAAGCGUCUACCAAGUCCUAUUUGCUGGCGACGAAGAAGAAACGGAUCUAUGGACAGCAAGUGCUGAUGGUACAGCUAAAUGUUUAUCAAGAGCGAAGCACUGGAGCGCAGAAGAAACAUACGAGCAUGGAGAUUACGUCCGCACUGUAGCUGUCACUGACACGUGGGUUGUGACCGCAGGUAGGGACGAAGAUGUGAAGGUUUGGGACAAGGCCACUGGCAAAUUAUGGCAUGUUUACGACGGCCAUUACGAGGAGGUCACCGGCCUGACGGUUCUUCAAGGGGGUAAACAGGCCAUUAGCAUCAGUAUAGACGGAACCGUGAGAACUUGGGGACUUGGCAAGGUGGAGCUCGAAAAAGCACGUCUCGAAAAUGAGGAGAAGGCGAAAGGAAUUGUGAAGGAGGAAAAGGUCGAGCCUAAAAAGGGCCUAAUGACUGCGGAAGAAGAGGCAGAGUUAGCGGAGCUACUGGACUCUGACGACGACUAA